AUGCGCACCUACACGCUCAGCGGGAAAAGAGCGGAAGUGAGUGUCCGUUUCUCUCCAAUAAUCGAUCUCGCUAACACGCCACAUGAAAUUGCACUGGUGUCACUGCAAACGGCGCACACGGUGACUAACAUUAAAGAAGGAUGUAACGCAUUCCACUACGCCGUUCCAGUCGACGAUGGUAAAGGAAUAAAAUAUCACAAUUACGUUCUGAAAUUACCGACAGGCACGUACACAAUCGACGACGUUCAUGUUCAUAUCUAUUCCGCUCUUCGAGAACAAUUCAAAGAACAAUUUGCAAGUAAAAAAAAAUAUUUCGUGUUGGACAGCGAAGAGAAUACUCAAAAGUGUCGCAUCAGUACUUCCUUUCGUCUAGGCUUCGAUAUCGUAGACAGCGUGGGACCGCUGUUGGGAUUCACUCGCAACGUCAACCCAACGUCUUCCGGUGAGUACGUCUUCUCCGACAAGAACGUCACGCUCGUCAAGGACAUUAACGUUAUCGUCACAUGUAAUGUUGUGGAAAGUGGAUAUAUUAAUAAUCGAAGAGCUCACAUUCUUCAUCAGUUCGACAUUGAUCGGCGACCGUCUUCCAUUUUUGAGGUGAGACCUCCGGAGAAAGUCUUUCAUCCCGUCACUCGCAACUGGAUUGAUGAUAUAACGAUAAGACUCGAGAACCCUGAAGGGCAGCUCAUUCCAUUGCGAAGUGACACUAAUAUCGUUGUAACGUUGCUGCUUCGCACUGCGCACGAUGACAUAUAAAAUGAGAGUCGUGCUCGACCGCGGCACACUGUACUCUGUCCUACCAAUAGAUUAACACACGCCAAUCGUCUGCUGUUGCAAGCGCUACGCUACGUUCUCAGAGAAGAUGAAAAGACAAAAAAAUCACACUCCGCUACCGCCAGUAGCAAAGACUAUCUCUUAGACGUGCUCCUCAAUCAAUAUCCAUUCG